AUGGCCCAGUCCUCCCGGGCAAUGCGGUCGGUGCAUGAGAGCCUCCUCAGUGGUGAGGAGGAGGCCUUUACGCGCGGAAAGCCCGUCGACCGGGUUCAGCUGCUCAAUCUGCUGGCCAAGGCGAUGCACGACACCAAGCUCUGCACGGCCCACCUCUGUUGGCAUGACUUCGUGCGGCCCCUGCGCGUGCACAAGGCGGAGUUGGAGCAAGGCCUCCAGCGUCUGAAAGCCCAGCUGCGGCUGGCACGCGAGGCCUACCUGAAGGAGGUGUCGACUCUCCGCGAUCGUGUGCGAUCUCGCUGGGAUCCGACGGAGGGCUACGCCGAUGUGAUUCUCUUCUAUGAACCGCUGCAAACCCUGGAGCCGCAGGAGAAGAGCUUCAUGGUCGACAUGGUCCGAGAGGUCAUCAAGAACAUGGUGGAUGUCAACCCUCAAUUCGCAGGAAGUGUCAACAGUGGCCAGAUUGAGCGCCUGAUCUCUGAGGCCCACGAGAAGGAGAUGGAGGACCUCCGUGAGAAGCUGCAGGAGAAGACUCUGAGGAUCAAGGAGCUGCAGGAGGCAAAGCUGUACCUCGAGAACCAGAUGGCCAAAGGAGGCAAAAUGACUGCACCGGACAACAGCGUGCUCGCCAAGUACGAGCAAAUGAUGCGUCUGAUGGAGGACCAGCUGGGAUGCCUCCGUGUGGACUUCUGGAACAUGCAGCAGGAACACCAGAAGCUGCAGCAAGAGAAGCAGCAGGCCGAGGUGGAACGCCAGGAGCUGGGCCAAAAGCUAGAGAAGGAAAGCUCCGAGAACCGGGUCCUUCAGGAGGAGGUGGCGCGGCUGUGCAGCGCUGAAGAGGGGUUCAAGGACACCAUCCAUCUGCUGGAAAGCGAGAAGAGCAACCUGAAACAUAGCGUCCACGAGCUCCAAACCAGGGCAACGAACCUCAACCGAGCGUUGCAGCGGCGCACGCGCAAGGCGGCCGAGGAGCAGGCACCCGAGUGCGCCGGCAAGGAGGAGGAGCAUGACUUGGCGCACUCCAUGGAGGCCUACAAAGCUGCCGAGCACGAGCUCACGCGCGAGCGCGACGCGGCACUUCGAGCGAGAGAUCAGCUGCAAGAGCGCUGUGAGGAGCUGGAGAAGCUGCUCCGUGCGCAUUGCUCCCAGCUCUCGACGCUCUCGGCCCAGCAGAUGGAGGAAGCGGCCCAAGAUCUGUCGCAGCAAGCCCAAAGCCUCGGCUGCUCCCCACGCAGUGUGGAGAAGGUACGCGUCUGCCAGUGCGGCAACGUGCUGAUGCAAGACGCGCAGUUCUGCCGAAAGUGCGGGGUGAGAUGGGAAGGAGGAACGCCGCCCGCCUCUCCAAGCUCUCAGGCCGCGGCGGUUCAGAUCUCGAACCUGAAUUCGCAGAUUCGCGACGUGGAGCAGGCGCUUUGCGAAGCCACCCGUGAGAUGGGCGAAGGCCGCGAGGCCUUCCGCACGGAGAGUGUGGCCGGGAUCUCGCAGAGCAUCUCCCACAUACUGCGGCCGGUGACCGUCGAGGACCUCCCGGUUGAGCCGGAGGUCCAGAAGCAGCAGAUGGAAACGGCCCGGCUCAGGAAAGAGCUGGACGGCCUAAAGCAGAGCAAGCUUCUCGCCGAAGCGCGGCUCCUCUCACAGCGCUGCGAGGAGUUGUCAAAACAGGGCUCCUUCCCAGUGGACCUGGACGAGGCGAUGCUCGCCGAGGAUCCCAUCAUGCAAAUCCAUGCAUGCGAUGGUGUGAACUGCAAGUACAGGAAGGAGCUGGAAGCCGCGCAGGCGAUGAUCCAAGCGCUGCGAGGGCUGGGUAGCCAGAUGGCCGACAAGCUCCAAGUUGCGACAGGCGAGCACCUUCAGAUGUCCAUGGCGCUGACGACCAUGCAGGGUUCCCUCGAGGCAGCCGUCCAGGCCGUCGAGAGGGACGUGCAUGACGUGGAGCAGGGCGAGCAGGUGGACCUGCAGCGCACACUGGGCAAGGUGAGCAAAUCACUCCAAGAGUCCAAGCGCAGAUCCGUAUUUUGGAGGCUCUACCAGAACAGGAGUAGCAGCAAGCGCAGCCAUCGGCAAACUGAAGCCCGCGGUCGCCGGGUGGAUCUUCUGCAGCGGACGUACGAGCAACUCUACAAGGUGGAGGGCCCUCGAAGCCCUGUGGAGCUGAUCAUGGCGAAGCCUCUCAGUGCCGGCCCCCUUAGGGUGGACUCGGUGACGCCGCCGCCGCCCAUGCCAGCUCUACCCGAGCGCCCGGCGGUUCGAAGCGAUGCACGGAGGAGUACACUGCCGGCCGUGACCCCGCGCGUGGAGAAGCCCACGGAAAAGGUUGCGUCGUCCGAGCGACCGAAGGGAGCUGCCCUCAUCGUCCUGGGGGCUGACUUUCCCAAGCCUCCGGCCACACCGGAGCCUCCCAGGACCUGGAGCCAGCGUCGGCGAAGGUAG